UUCUACCGUAUUACAAGGCAUACUGUUGUGCAUCUUUGUAGAUAUGACAACAGUAUUGAUUUUCAGUCUGACAAACUAAGUAAGCUGUAGUCGUCUCGUUUAGCUAAUAUCUGAAAUGUGGCAGGACAAUGAAGUCAGAUUUGAUAUUUCUCACUCUAAUAUGCAGCUGCGAUCUGGUGAAUUGACUAUUGACAAACUUGACAUGAUAGAAGAUACAAAAGGCAAUGCUGGAGAUUUAGGAAAGUUGAUUGUAACAAACUUGAGAAUCAUAUGGCAUUCUUUAUCUUACCCACGAAUCAAUUUAAGUAUAGGCUACAAUACAUUUGUCACAGUAAACACGAAAAUUCUUCAUACAAUUCAUGGUGGAUAUAUGCAAGCACUUCAUAUAUUAACUUCAUUCCGAAAUUGUCGAUUUGAAUUUAUAUUUACAAAUCAUGAUAUCAAAAGUACGAGACAUUACACUUCAGUCAUAGGCGUUUACAGAGCUUAUGUCUCGUCGAAAGUUUAUAGAGAAAUUAAAUUGAGAAGCGGUAUUAUACGUGAAAAUCGGUUGAUUUUGUUACCUCAAGAAAAAGUACAUUCUUCCUUGCAAGAUGUUUGGAACUUGUCUGUUGAACAGGGAAAUAUCGGAACUUUUAUUAUAACAAAUAUACGUUUGGUAUGGUAUGCAGAUGUAAAUCAUCAGUUUAAUGUAUCAAUACCUUAUCUUAUAAUUGAAAAUAUUACCAUUAGAACAUCAAAAUUUGGACCGACUUUAGUAAUUUUAAGUACAGAAGCAAGUGGGGGAUAUGUUUUAGGUUUUCGUAUUAAUCCUUUGCAGCAGCUUCACAUUAUUCACAAAGAAAUAUCAAUACUUCUUUCAGAAUUCAGAAAGUUUCCUAUUUUUGGUGUGGAAUACACAUUUGAACAUCAGGCACCAUCACAAGAGGAAAUCAAUGUGGAACAUUUCACUGAAAUACAAGAUAAUCAAUCUGAAAUAUCGAAUGUGUUUGGUUAUUAUUUUUCUGAAGGAAAUACAGGUCAAAGAAAACCUAAUUUUUCAAUACAUUUAGGACUCGCGGCAGAAGAGCCAAGAGAAAGCAGUACGCUGCAGAAUUUAUGGGAACUUAUACCAUCAUCUAUUAAUUAAGUUCGCAACUUAAU